AGCAGCUUUAAGAAAGCUUUUUUUUUAAGAAAAAAGUCUGAAUUCAUCUAAAACCUGCACGAGAAUAAUGAAAACGAAAAGAAAUAUAUAGAAAAUGAAACUACAUAUUGAGUGAAAAAUUAAAUAACCCGGAAUAAAUAAUGAAUCAAUGAACGCGUUUCGCAAACAGUAAUAAAAUCGUGGCGUCGUCUUUCAUAUUGUGCCAAAAGAAAAGAAAACGAAAAUAAAGCAAAAUCAACAACAGCAUCAAAGCUCCAACACCACCUACAACUAUAACUACAACCACCACACAAAAAAGAACGGCAACAGCAACAGCACCUUCAACAACAAGAACAGAAAAUAAUUAGGAAAAAGUUACAACACUAAUAACAAAAACGAUAGAAAUACUCCAGUUAUCGGCUGCAGUCAACUUCACUCACAGGUCGUCGACGUCGUUGUUGUUGUUGUUGCUGUUGUCAUUCGUUUUGGGAAGUUUGUGCAGCAGCAGGCUCUGAAUGUCUUUAUGCUUUAAUCAUGGUGUAUUUUGCCACCAUCAAGAACAACACCGACACUAUACGCUGCUAUAUUAGAAUCUUUCUGAUUACAAAUCAUGACAGAAGGACAUGAAAGCGACUUCUUAGUUACAGUACGCGCACAGGUGAUGACCAGAGACGAAAGCACCGAGGGCUGGCUACCGCUGGCCGGGGGUGGUCUUGCAAAUGUUUCGAUACGGAAGCGUGCUAGACUAUCCCCAUUGGCAUCGGGUCAUGACUACAUCAUCUAUGGGCAAAGAAUCUCCGAUCAAAGUGUCAUCUUAAGCUGUGUCAUCAAUCGUGAUCUGAAGUAUUACAAAGUAAUGCCAACAUUUCAUCACUGGCGUGCAGGCAAACAACGCAACGGACUAACAUUUCAAACGGCAGCCGAUGCUCGCGCCUUUGAUAAAGGCGUUCUGCGCGCCUAUAAUGAACUAAUUGAUGGACUGGCCAAAUCAAAUCCCACAAUAAUAUGCCCACCAUUGACCAAAUAUGAUUCGGUUGGUGAAGAUGAUGUAUUCAUGACCCUGGACUUACCUGUGGAAAGCGAAAGUUUACAAAAGAUACAUUCAAGCCCCGAAGGCAGUGAAAAAAGUCACAAAAGCGCAAGCGACCGUCACAAGGAUAGCUACAGCAACAAUUCCGAUUCAGAGAAACUACCAGCGGCGACCAUACACUACAUAUCGACGGACAAAACAUCAACGGCUCCGCCGGGCAAUGCGGGCAGCUCAUCGGAUGCACCACCGCCGCCGCCAACAGCAGCCGGUCAAAUAGCGCCGAGCGAGAACUAUUCAUACGUAACGCUGACCGCUGUGCAUCAUGACUAUAACUAUCCGGUGGUGGAACAGCCGGUUGGCGCACAGGUGUUAAAUGCCCGCCGCGAAUCGAUCACUGCUCUAAAGAAGCGCAAUGCACUGGAGGCGGCACAGGCGAUGGCGGCCGCACAAACGUCGGCAUCGUCGUUGGCCGCCAGCAAACCAUUGCACAAGCCAAAUGUUUCGGAUAUACUUAAAAAGGAGACACGAUUGCGUUGUCGCUAUUGCCACGAGUUGUACAGCGAGGAUUUCAAUAGGCGCGGUGCCUGUGAGUAUGCGCCGGAUCCGAUACGCAGCGGUUACGAGUGCAUCUCGGGCAUGGGCUGUGCGCGCUGUAUGAUUUAUCAUUGCAUGAGCGAUGCGGAGGGCGAGACGGCGCAGCAUCCGUGCGAUUGUAGCAUUAGCGAGGCGGGCUGCACCAAACGCUGGUUGGGCCUGGCGCUGCUGUCCCUGAUCGUGCCAUGCCUAUGGUGUUAUCCGCCACUGCGUGCAUGCCAUUGGAUGGGCAUACACUGCGGUAUCUGCGGGGCCCGCCAUAAACCGCAUGUCUGACAUUUGGAGGCUAGAUUGCAAGGACAGUACGAUGACGACCCCAGCACCAGGCCCAGAAACGAGCACCAUCCGCAACCCGACGAGCAAAACUACAAACGCCAACUGCUGCGACUCAAGCAACGCCAGUCGCAGUCUCAGCCGCCACCCCAGAGGCACUUCUAUAAUUGGGAGCUGUCGCACAGCCUUGGCGCCCCACAACAGCAACCGCCAGAGCCGCUGUACCUAAUGCAGCCGCGCAGCAGCAAGGCAGCCCAGAACGAUUACGGUCGGCUGAUGUUCUAAACAUGUAUAUGAGAACCACGACAACCACAAAGACGAUACCCAUCAAACAAACGUUGUAAUUGUGUUGUCGCCUGUUUUCAGCAGUUCAGAUUUUGUUGCGAGUUAGAGCUUGGGUUUAGUUUCCAUCGUUUUUCUUUUUCUUUUUGUUUUUUUUUUGUAACCAUUUGAUUUGCCAUAAUUUAUUGUAUAUACAUCAGUAGAACACAUAACACACUUCCAAGAGCAUAUAGCAUAUACCAUUAAUAAUUGUCAUUUAUUUUUUAAGAGCUGUCUCUUAACUAUAGUUUUGUAAAAACUGGGCUAUUUGUUUGAUUGUUUUCACAUUAUUUUUCAUUUUUGUAAUUAUAUGAUAUAUAUUAAAAAUAUUAAUGUACAUGUAUAUGCUUAAUGAAUAUAUUUUUUCUUAGUUAAUUAAGUUUUUGCUACUUACAUUUUGUUUACAAUUUGAAAUUGGAGAACAGUAUUAAAGCCAAGGCAAGGCACGAGAGUUAUACAACUUACUUAUAUGCAAAUAUAUUUCUAUAUUUCUGUGCUUAAUUCCAAUUCGUUUAUAGCUUUAACAGAGCAGAGCGUUUCCCCUCUCUAAGAAUGCAGCGCGUGCAAAUUUUUUUGCCUGAUAACUCACAAAGACAACUCAAAGCGCAAAUAUAAAAAAAGAGAACAAACAAGAAAAUAAAUGUAACAAUUGAAAAUAUAUUACCCCUCAAUUGAAUUACAAAUUGUUUUUACAAAAAAAUAUAUAUAUCUAUCAAUAUAUACCAAUGUUAAAAGCGAGCAACGUCAAUUUCAACCAACUGCGUUUCCUAAUGACAAAGAAUAUUCAUGUUUCGUCCAGGAUGAUUUUAGAAAAUUAUUUAUAUUUUAAUUUCGAUUAAAAAAGAUUGUUUUUGACUCUUCUUAGGGCUCAUGAAGAUUCAAAAUAUUUCUUUUGCCAAUGAAAAAAAACUUUCGGUUUUAACUAUUAUUUUGAAACAAUAAUAAAAUUAUAAACAAAAACAUGCAUUAAAGAACCACAUCGUUGAAAUUGCGCUUUGAAUCGCUUACAAAUCCGUAAAUAAUAACUAUAAUAUAAAACAAACUAACUAUAGUGAAAAACAAUUUGUAAUUUGUGUACAAAUGGACAAUUUCAUUUGGAAAUUUUAAGAUCCUCUUAAAACUUGUUCAUUUGACACAUUGAGGAUUAAAUAAAAAAUACUUAAGUGUUUUCCAAUAAAAACUUACUCAACAAAUUUAUAUGCAGCUAUAUACUGAUAUAUAAAUGAAUGUGUAUAAAACGUAUGAAGAAUACAAAUAAAAAGGAUUACUUAUGUGCAAAGAACCUAAGUAAUAUAUGUGUAUUCAACAUGAAAUUAAUAAUAAUAAUAAAAGCAUUAAUUUAUUUCUUACUAUAAAUGCAUAUUUAUUCAAAAAUAAGCAAAGGUUGUGCAAAAACACAUUAAAAAAGCAACAAAAAAUUAUAUUAAAACAAAAAAAAGAAGAAAACCUUUAAGAAUGAGGAAAUUUGUUUGUAAAAGAUGUAGAUGCGGUAUCUAUAAAUAAU